UAUAGCGCGCUACGCGACGGUUGGAUUCGGAGUCUUUUCGGACGAGCGGUAAAUACAAAAAUCGAAAAAUAAACAUGAAAACUCAACCUGUUGCUGAGUGAACCUUUGUAUUUUACUUUUAGCUGAAGAAUUGGGUCAUUGACAUCUUGACUGGGCGCAAUGGCAUCCCCUUCAUCCUCCAUCAAUUUCUUGCCGUCUGAGGUAUCACCGACACCAGAGCCAAGACGAAGCCCCUCUCCCUUCAGCAGGGCUAGGAGCCCACUCCGGUAUAGAGAGUCUGGUUAUGGCCACCUGUCCUCUCUUGGCGCACUGCCCCUCUCUACCAGUGAUCCCGCCCAGCUGCAGCAGGUGGUGGUACAGCUCAGCGCUCAGGUUAAGGGUCUUCAGCAGGAACGUGAUCAGGAGAUGGAUAAUAUUACACAGCUCAGAAGAAGGCUGAAUGAUUCGGAGAGAGAAAAAUUAGAACUGACCACAGCUUUCAAUUCAGAGAACUCUGACCUGCAGGCCCAAAUAGCCAAACUCAGGGCCCAGCUUGAGAAAGGGGAAGCUGAUAAGCAGAAUGUUGAAUACGAGCUAGCAGUGGCUCGGCAGUCCGUGAGCAGGGAGAAGAUGGGGGCAUCUGAGAAAGAACAACAGUUAAAAGGCAUCAUCUCUUCUCAAAGUGAGAAACUAUCCACAUUGAGUGCUCAGGUGCAGGAGCUACAGAUCCAGGCUAGCCAAUAUGAAAGGGAGAUGGUUAACAUCAAGAGUAAACACCACAGAGAACUGGAUGAGCAGGAGAAGCGUCUGGCCAGUGUCAUUGCUGAGAGGGAUGUUCUACAGACAGCCAAAGAUGAAAUAGAACAGGUCUUCCAUGAACAAGAAAGUCUAUACUCUGAUGCUCAGGAGAAGAUCACAGAGCUGCGAAUUGAGAGGGAUACCCAGAGCCAGACAGUGAGGCAGCAGCUUCAUGAUCUUCAGCUUGCGGCUGAGAGAGAUGAAUCUACCAAGAGUGAAUUAGUGGCUGCAAAAGAAGAGCUGAAAGAAAUGCAGGAGAGAAUAGAAAAGGAGAGAGCAGCACACACAGAAUCCAAGUUUAACUUUGAAAUAGUCCAGUGUCAGAAACGGGAUCUGGAGGGAGCCCUCAGUGUUGAGAAGUCUGCCAGGGAACAAGCUAUUUACAACAUGGAUGCCAUGAGCAAACAAAUCAGAGAACUUGAAGCAGCUUACCAGGAAGAAAGAAGGGAAUGUGCAUACAACAAAGAACAGGUUCAAAGACUCACUGCUGAAUACGAGACGACUAAGAACGCUCUUACAGCUGAGGUAGAUCAGAAAAGAGAGGUAUUAUCAGGAACAUCAAAACAGAUCGACCUCUAUCAGAAGAACUUCAAUGGUUUAAAAGAUGAACUCACAAGGGCCAAGAAGAGACAGAUCUAUCUGGAGGAGACCUACGGCGGAUGCAUGCGAGAGCUUGAGCUACUCCUGACAAACUUCCAUGUGAUGGGGGAGGGCAACCUCCGACCAAAGAGAAAGACGGUGAAAGGGAAGGGAAAGAAGAGUGGGGUUGAGGGGAGCGGGGUGGGGUCACAGCCGGAGCUCUCCCCCUCCCUGGUGCUAGAGACCCUCAGACACACCCUGACAAACUACCAGCAGAGGUUGGAUGAGACGACGCAAGAGUUAAAACGUAUGAAGGUUAUCCAUGAAAAACUUGCCAAUGAGUGUGAACACUAUAAGGAAGUCACAUACUCAAGAGACCACAUGGUCAAGGACCUGCAAACCAAGCUAUCAUCGACCGUCAAAGAACUGGAGAAGGUCAAAGGUCAGUUCAGCGAGCAGGAAACGACCUUGUCUCGCCUGAAGGUCAAGCUACAGAGGGCGCAGCAGGGUCACGAGAAUGAACAGACAAAGGCAUACAACAUGGCCGAUGAGUUUGUGAGACAACUGACUACCUUGGAGAAUGAGCAGGAGAAUCGGAAGCUGUACCUUCACAGUAUCUACCAGCGCCUGCUGGCUGGUCGGGUGGUGAUGCAGGAAGAUCCGGCCAAAAAUGGCGCCCAAGGCCUGGGCUGGCCUGAGCUUAGUGCUGGGGUGCAGGAAGAGGUCAUUCAACUCAUGUCCAAUGUCAGCAAGGCCAAUGAAAAAGUUGUUCUUCUAGAGAGUGAGUUACGGACCAAGAAAGAACAGUUCAUGCGACUUGAAGACAAUCAUAAGGAUGCACUGGAUAGACUGGCACAAUCGGCUCAACAGAGGGAGACAAACUGGGUCAGAGAGAAAGAAGAACUGGAGCAUAGAUACCAGAAGAAAAUAGAAGAAUUGAAGAUCAAAACACAGAAAUCAAAGAACCUAGCAAGUGAUGCCCUCAGCAAAGCAAGGCACGACGGCUCAGCCAAGCAGGAGCUUGAAUCCCAGAUGUCACAACUCAGCGCCACACUCACCACCCUGCGAACCGAGAAUUCCUCCCUUCUGGCCGCCUGCGCCCUUCUCGGGGGCGCCCUCCUCCCAGUGUACACCCGGCUCGGACAGCUAGCGGCUCAGAGACGCAUCCUUGAGCAGCAAAUUGGCAAUGUUGAUGCGUUCAAGCGCCAGGCGAGGGAGCUUGCACAGAUGCUGGCGAUGGAGCCUGGGAAGGGGGAGACGUUACCAGGAGCCAACAGAGAUCCAUCUGGUACGAAGAGAAGGAGAAGCAGUCGAUGUUUGCUGAUGAGGUUUAGGGUUGCUGCCAUAGCUGUCAUGGCUGCACAUAGAUUAUUAUAUUUGGCUGGCCAAACUGAUCUACUGUUCACCACAAGUGAGAAUACGAGUGGAUCUUAUGCAGUACCGCUAUGCCUUGGCAAUACACAUAUGCCUCAAAGAAGCUUUUCAGGUAUGAACAGUAUCGCAAGCACGAGGUCUCUUCUAGAAGCUCAGGCAGCUGGUUGGUUGACUAGUCCUGAUCUUCAGGCCAGGGUUAUAGCUUCUGUAGCUGAUCUUCAACAGCUGUUAGGACAAUCUGGUACAGGCAAUUGCCCAAGCAAUCACUCCAUCAUCCAAGCUUCCAUGUCAGCUUUUGAGAGCCUGGUGUCCCGGCUGGCCCCCUGCUUCACCACCGUCUCCACCCUGGCCCCCACCGCACCCUCUAGUUACCCCCCAUACCGUCAGCCAACCUACAUGGUGAGGGGACCCCUGUUGCGGUGCCUGGGGCAUGGUCUGAAUAGACUCCUAGCGCAUACAUCACUGGCAGGAGUCAAGAACCAGUAUGUCACUAUUGAGCAAACUAUGAUCACCUUGCAGAACCAGAUGGUAGACUUCUUAGACAGGCUCCACCAUGCAGAGGUAGAUAGAAGGUCACUCAAGAAAGAGAAUGGCAGAUUACGGCAAGAGACUGGCCAGCUAAGACUCUCAUCAGACAUAGCUUCAGACCUUCAGCAGCAAGUGGCUAAGCUUCAAGAAAAAAUUCAGGAUUCUGUAGAAAGGGGUAAAUUUGAGAAAGUUUUCCAGGAGCUUCAGCAGGCGUUGGGGAGAGAGCAGGAGGCCCAGAGGAUCCUUACGGAGCAGAGCAACAGACUGGAGGAGAUGGGAAUACAACUCAACGUCAAAACAACGGAAGAGCUGGAGAAAGAUCAUAAUAUUACAGAAGCCAUCAAGGGCCUUUCAGAAGCAAAGAUGGAGCUGAGACGAAAAGAGCAAUCAGUGCGACAAUUGAGCAGGCAACUCUCACAGAUGGAAAAUGAGAGACAAUCUCUACAGGAUAGUCUAAACGCUGCAGAGAGCGCACUCAAGGCCAAUACAAGAGAUCGCGAGAGCAUAGUUACGCAGCUGAGGUCUCUCCAAACAGCUGUAUCUAACACAAAGCACCACCUCCUGGCCAGGGCAGACAGCCAAAUCAUUGAUAGUUCAUUAGCAAAGAUUGAGGCCCAGCUUCUUGUUACUGCCAUUUCCUCUCCUGACAUGAUAGCUCUUCAGAGUCUUGUGAGUACAUUUGUUGAGACCCAGAAGACGGCCAUCUCGCGACUCACUACUUUGGAGCUAGAAAUCACAUCUCACAAGCAGCAUAUAUCCAGGCUGAAGGAAGAACUCGCCGAUGCUUGCAGUAGGCAAAUGGCGGAAGGAGAGGUAACGCCUUGUGUGAAUGGAUAUAUGACCUCUACCGGUGACAGGUCUAUAAGUAGACCAUACAAACCUUUCUAUGAUACAGAUAGGAGUAAUAAUGAUGUCUUUCUACCACUAAGGGAAGUGAGUGAUCACAGUAUGCAGAUCAUGUCUACUCCAGCCAUCGCAAGACAGGAUUAUCUUGCAGGUGUUGGGAUGAGUACCCCAGCAGGCAUCAGUUCUUCCCCCAUCAAACAACCAAGAGUAUGAGCAAGCAGUUAGCCUGAUCUGGUGGGAGCGUAUGGUUGACAUACCCUGUGAUUGAUAGUGGACCCUGAUCAGCUACAAUGUUGAAUGUGAAACGGGCAUUAAACUCGGGGGUGUGAGUGGUCACCCAAAAAAAAAAAUCUGAAAAAAAGCUGAAGAGUGUUGAAAAAGUCUGAAAAAGAAAGACCUCUCAUACUUUUUGCACAGAGGAAAGCCAAAAAGAAAUUAAGCUGAAAAUCAAAACAGAAAAAAUAAUCUGAUAUCAGAUAAAAAUCUGAACUCUCACACCCCUGUAAACUGCGAAACUUUCAAAAUUAAUGUGAUGGAAAAUGAUACCGAAAAUGGAGAGAUCUUGAGCAGCUUUGGCAUUUGACUCCACUACUUCCAGUAAGAGAAUGAAUCAUUAGAGAGGCCAUUAUUAGCUCCAAUGUGAAAUGGGUUGUACACUAGUUUGAAUGCUAGUAUAUAUAAACAGCCUUGUGUUGUGAUGGGGAAGACGUAGACCGUCUGUACGUAAUGGGACAAGGAAGAACCAUGAGUAACGAUUUAGAAUUGGGAUGUUGAACUGAAGUAAGCAACCUCCUCCUUUAUUGCCAGUAUUAACCACCUUGAUUUUGUUACAAUUACCUCAGUUGUAUGUAUAGACCAAUGAAUGUUGGCUUCUUAGAGAAUGCUCCCCAGGGAGUGUAGAAACUGUAUAAACUAAGUGUGAAUGCUAACCAGAAUCCAUGGUCUGGGGUAAUAAUGUAUAUACAUGUAUGAUAUAUAAAUGUAUUUAAUUCCUAUAUAAGCUGAAAUAUUUUUAGUUCCCGGGUACUUUUUUUUACUUGAUGAUCACCAUUUUAUAAUACACAUUUUCCUUUACCAAAGCCAAGUUUGAGAUUUUAAGUGUGGAUUGCCACUAAUAGGCACAGUGCUGAUUUGGGUGGAUUUUUGAUCUCAUUUUCCGAGUUGGCAGGUAUGUCCAACUUUGUUUCAUGUCUGUUUGGUCUAACACGCAUAAUGCUGACAAUUUCAUCAAAUUAGGACGUAAGUUUUGCUUAUUUUU